AAAAGUAAAGUAGAGGCAGUGAGUGUUGCAUAUUCAGAAAGGCGAUCAUUGGUAAUUAUAAUAGAAAGUUUGAGUGUGUUCUUCUCCUUCUAACCCUAAGCUGAGCAGUAGCCGGUCAACCAUGGUGGCACCAACCGGGGCGUGGAUUUUGUUGUCGGCAGUGUUAGUAGGAGUAAAUAUUAUGUCAUUAACUGAAGCAAACUCUGAAGGAGACGCUCUUUACACUCUUAGAAAAAGCUUAUCCGACCCGGAUAACGUCCUCCAGAGCUGGGAUCCGACCCUAGUGAACCCUUGUACUUGGUUUCACAUCACUUGCAACCAACAUAAUCGCGUCACUCGACUGGACUUGGGAAACUCAAAUUUAUCUGGACAUCUAGUAUCUGAACUUGGGAAGCUGGAGCACUUGCAAUAUCUGGAGCUCUACAAAAACAAUAUUCAGGGAACCAUCCCUACUGAGCUUGGUAACCUCAAGAGCCUCAUCAGCUUGGAUUUGUACAACAAUAACAUUUCCGGGACUAUUCCUCCUUCCUUGGGGAACUUAAAGUCUCUUGUCUUUUUACGUCUUAACGACAACCGAUUAACUGGACCAAUCCCCAGGGAACUUGUUGGUGUUUCAAGCCUCAAAGUUGUUGAUGUCUCAAACAAUGAUUUAUGUGGAACAAUUCCUACCAGUGGUCCAUUCGAGCAUAUCCCUUUGAACAACUUUGGGAAUAAUCGUCGACUUGAAGGUCCGGAGUUGUUGGGACUUGCGAGUUAUGAUACAAAUUGUUUAUGAAGAUGAUAUCUGAAGCUGCAUAAUGAAAGUUAAUUACCAGAUAGUGUAUUGGGAUGGGGGAAAAUCGUAUCCCUGGUAUAAGUAUUGUAAAUUGCUUGGAACUUGUUAUUAAGGCUUUAGCAUCUGUAACUGCAAUGCUCUGCUAUAAGAUUACAUAUAUGACUUGAAUUUGUAUCGAUAUAAUAUUAGCCAAGGGUUUAACUUAUAUGUUAAUCCAAUUUAUUUGUGUCC